CCCAUCGAUUUCUCGGCCCCCACGGAAUUUUGUAGAUACUUUCCUUCUUACCUCUUCUCGAGAGCCAAGCGCAGGGCGGCGGGUCCAAUUCGAUCGAAGUCCGCAGAAGGAGGAGGAGGAAGCAGCAGAUAAAGCAGCAGCGAUGGCGGGGGGAGUGAGGGGAGGACUCCCAGCGGGGGUUGAGAUCCGGGGCGAGUUCCGGCCGUGCUACGAGUCGAUUCUGACGCACGAGGCGCUGGCCUUCGUGGCGGCGCUGGAGCGCGAGUUCCGGCCGCGCGUCAAGUACGUCCUCCAGUGCCGGAAAGAGCAGCAGGCGCGCUUCGACGCCGGCGAGCUCCCCAGGUUCGACCCGGCCACCGCCGCCAUCCGCGACGGCGACUGGACCUGCGCCCCCAUCCCGGAUGUCAUCGCCGACCGCCGCGUCGAGAUCACCGGCCCCGUCGAGCGCAAGAUGAUCAUCAACGCCCUCAACAGCGGCGCCAAAAUGUUCAUGGCCGAUUUCGAAGACUCUCUGGCCCCAACUUGGGACAACAUCGUCCGAGGCCAGAUCAACCUGCGCGACGCCGUCAACAGGACCAUCACUUUCGAGGACACGGCCCGCAACAAGAAGUACGAGCUGAAGGAGAAGACGGCGGUGCUGCUGGUGAGGCCGCGCGGCUGGCACCUGCCGGAGGCGCACCUGGAGAUCGACGGCGAGCCGGCGACGGGCGCGCUGGUGGACUUCGGGCUCUACUACUUCCACAACCAGGCGGCGUUCCGCGCGGCGCACGGGCAGAGCGGGCCCUUCUUCUACUUGCCCAAGAUGCAGCACGCGCGCGAGGCCGCGCUCUGGAACGCCGUCUUCGAGCGCGCGCAGGCGGCGGCGGGCGCUCCGCGCGGGAGCGUGCGCGCGACCGUGCUGAUCGAGACGCUGCCGGCCGUGUUCCAGAUGCACGAGAUCCUGUACGCUUUGCGGGAUCACUCGGCGGGGCUCAACUGCGGCCGCUGGGACUACAUCUUCAGCUUCAUCAAGACGGUGCGCGCGCACGCCGACCGCCUGCUGCCCGACCGCGUUCUCGUCGGCAUGACGCAGCCCUUCCUCCGCAACUACACCGAGCUCCUCAUCCAGACCUGCCACCGCCGCGGCGUCCACGCCAUGGGCGGCAUGGCGGCACAGAUCCCGAUCCGGGACGACAAGGCGGCGAACGACAAGGCGGCGGAGCUGGUUCGGGCCGACAAGCUGCGCGAGGUGAGGGCCGGGCACGACGGCACGUGGGCCGCGCACCCGGGCCUCGUCCCCAUGGUGCUCGAGGUGUUCGACGCCAACAUGCCCGGCGCCAACCAGGUCCACGUCAAGCGCGACGACGUCUCCGUCACCUGCCAGGACCUCCUCCAGAUGCCCAAGGGCGUCAGGACGCUGGAGGGGCUGCGGCUGAACACGAGGGUGGGGGUGCAGUACGUGGCGGCGUGGUUGGGGGGUACGGGGUCGGUGCCGCUGUACAAUCUGAUGGAGGACGCGGCGACGGCGGAGAUCAGCCGAGUGCAGAACUGGCAGUGGAUCAAGUACGGGGCGAUGCUGGACGGCGAGCUGGUGCCGACGCGCGUGACGCGCGACGUUUUCCAGCGCGUGCUGGCCGAGGAGUUGGAGCGCAUCGAGCGCGAGGUUGGCGCUCCGCGCUUCCGCGCCGGGCGCUACCAGCAGGCGGCGCAGCUCUUCGCGCGCCAGUGCCUGGCCGAGCAGCUCGACGACUUCCUCACCCUCGACGCCUACCGCCACAUCGUCCGCCUCGUCCCCUCCUCCCGCAUCUAGUCGCCCUCCUUUUUCCUCCGAAUUCCAUCGUCGUCCCAUGGCGCCAGAAGAAAUUCGACCUCGAGGGAGCAUGAGUCGAGGGGUUUUGUAUGCAGCCCUCGUCUCUGGCGCCCUCGCGCUGAUCGCAGCCACUGCUGCACCAGCAAAUCGAGUUUGAGGGAGGACGAGUUGAGGAGCUUUGAAUGGAGCUCUGAGAUGAGGGCGAGCCCGCGCUGCGCAAAAUUUGGCAGUGCUUCAGGACGAGAGAGAGAGAGAGAAGACAGGUCGAAGAAGUUGGUUUGUGGAGAAUUGAGGGGCGAGAUUGGGUCGUCUGGGCACGUUCAUUGUGUAGAUAUGAGCACAGUGGUGGGAGGGAUUUCUACAUCGAUUCAUGAUGGUGGUAAUGUCCUCGAGACGUUAUCGAGUGUAAAUGUCAAUUUCGAAGAAUAUAAUUUAUCAUAGUUUUGGCCGAUAUUUCUGAA